ACAUCACCGGUAAUUAAGCUCUAGGUACCAGUACUUAACAAUAGGACAGUCUACCAUACAUCAGUAGUGAUACACAAUGCAGCAGUGUGUUGACUUCAAGAACCUAAAGGAGAAAGCAACUAACCAGAGAGCUAGUGAAGCUUUUCUAUUACUACAAAUCCUCUGAUAUCGCUGCUCUCGCCUCCAUCAACCCACACUCUGCCCCAGCUCUCUCACAGCUGAGCUGGUCCUGGCAUCGUUUGAAUGCCACUCAUCACUGCCUCCGCUGCGCCCUCCUUUGCACCUUCCCCUGUGUCGCACUCGCGCCCUUUAAGCGCUAGCUGCUGAGCGGUGACGACGACGCCUGCAGCCUUGCAUUGCAGCUCGCUGCAUAUAGCUCAGGGAUUAUUGCUGGGGGCAGCAGCAGCAGCCAGCAAGGGUAGGUUAGGUUGACGAGGAUGGCAGUGGUGGUGGCUGGCAGCAGGGGGAAAGGGGAGCAGCAGCGGCUGCCGUGGCGAGAGGCGCAGCAGGAGGCGAGGUGCCCCGACAUGGCGCCGUCGCGGCCGCCAAGGCCAAGGCCGGGGCCGGCGAGGGCCGCCGUCGUGUACUACCUCUCGAGGAACGGGCACCUCGAGCACCCGCAUUUCAUGGAGGUUGCCGUCGCCUCACCUGACGGGCUCUACCUCCGAGAUGUGAUCGACCGGCUCGACGCGCUCAGAGGCAAGGGGAUGGCGCGCAUGUACUCGUGGGCGUCCAAAAGGAGCUACCGGAACGGGUUCGUGUGGCACGACCUGGCGGACGACGACUACAUCUACCCGGUGGCUGGGCGAGAGUACGUGCUCAAGGGCACGGAGCGGCUGCACCCGAUCCAGCUCCCGCUGCUCGACGCGGCCGCCGCGUCGUCCUGCUCCUCGGGCUCGCAGGAGACGGCCACGUCCUCGCCGCCCGGGUGGGAGAACGGCACCGGCGAGGCGCGCCAAAAGAAGGGCGCGGGAAUAAACACGUCGGAGCUUUGUGAGUACAGGGUGUACAAGGCCGAGGACCCCGCCGCGGCGGCCGCGGACGCCGCGACGCAGACCGAGGACGGUUACCGCAGCAGCCGCGGUAGACACGCCCAGCGCGCCGCGGCCGCGGCGGCGCAGGAGGAGCUGAGCAGAGAGGAGACGUCGCCGCCGACGGCGUCGACGAGCCCCGAGACGCUCGAGGCGCUGAUCAAGGCGGACGGACGCGUCAUGGCGGCCGUCACCGGCGGCGGGAGGACCAGGGCGUCGUCCGUGCUCAUGCAGCUCAUCUCGUGCGGGUCCGUCUCCGUCAAGAGCACGCUCGCCUCGCCGGUGAUGGCUCGCACCGCCGCGCACUACCGUCCACGGCCACCGCGCCCACCUACACUCGCGUCGACCACCACCGAGAUCCCGAACUACCGCCAAAAGAUCGUCGAGGACAAGGAGUACUUCAGCGGUAGCCUCGUCGAGACGAAGCGCUCGUCGCCGGCCGACACGUCCCAAGACAUUGCCGUUCUCCGGCGGUCAUCCUCUUACAACGCCGACAGGGUGCAGAAGGUGGAGCCGUCGACGGAGGCCGUGGACAUGCACGACAGAUGCAUCCCGCGGAGGCCCAGGGGCAAGAAGGACGGCGGCGCCUACCUCAUCUCCGGCGGGAACGGGCAGUACGGGAGCAAAAGGCACGGGGGAUGAGGAGUUUGGGCUUGGGUUCAGGCUUGCGCCGGUGUGGUGAUCUCAUACUACCUAUUGUACGGGAUGAUAAUUCCGAAAUUGAUACUCCUAUAUGUUAGCCAUUAAUUAUGUUCUGUAUAUGCCUCUAGUGACUAGCCUCUGACCACUGUCUGGUGUCUUGGGUUAUAUCAUUUUCUGGAGAAUGAAUGCAUCAUUUAUGUACUAAAGAACUAUUUCUGGAGAGUGUGCAAGUAAUCUAUUAGGAAUACAAGCACUGAUCAAAA